UGAUGGAUUUUACCCGGAUACCGAAGAUCAUCUUACACCGGAUAGAUCUCCGUCAGUGCUGGGCGUGUAAAGAGGACGGGGUUCUCAAUGAGCUCAGCAACCUGGAGGGCAACUCCGCUUUAGAAGAGCAACCAGAACAUCAACAGUUCAAAGAGAAGCAACUCUGCAUCAGUCAGGAUGAAGAGCAGCUUGUGCUGAUACAGGAGACUGAUGACAUUUUGGUGAUUCCUUCUAAAAUGCACAGAAUCCGCAAUGAAACAGAACCACAGAGGAACCAACUCAUCUCUCAUGGCUCUUCUGAAGAUGAGAACCAGGAUGAGGAAGGAAGCGAUUCUGAGGACUCAGGAGAAAAGAGAAAUGAAAGACAGAAACGUCAGAGAUUUCAGAAAACGAAACAGCAGAAAGGUAAAACUGAGAGUUCAAAACAAAAAACACACAAGGAAGGUCGUCCAGACCAAAAACAAUAUUCUUGUGAAAUCUGUGAUGAAGCCUUUUCUCAAAGCAGUUCCUUGAUUAUACACAUGAGAACUCACAUGGACAAGAAGCCUUUCACAUGUUCAGCUUGUGAAAAAAGUUUCAGAUACAAGUCUGAGUUACUUCUUCACAUGAGAAUUCACACAGGUGAGAAGCCUUUCUCAUGUGUGAACUGUGGAAAAAGCUUCAAAUUCAAAUCAAAUUUGCUUUGUCACAUGAGAAGUCACACAGGAGAGAAGCCUUUCUCAUGUGAGACAUGUGGAAAAAGCUUCCAAAGCAAAUCUUAUUUGCACAGUCACAUGAUGGUUCACACAGGUGAGAAACCUUUCUCGUGUGAGACCUGUGGAAAAAGCUUCCAAAGAAAAUCUUAUUUGCACAGUCACAUGAUGGUUCACACAGGUGAGAAACCUUUCUCAUGUGUGAACUGUGGAAAAAGCUUCAAAUUCAAAUCAAAUUUGCUUUGUCACAUGAGAAGUCACACAGGAGAGAAGCCUUUCUCAUGUAAGACAUGUGGAAAAAGCUUCCAAAGCAAAUCUUAUUUGCACAGUCACAUGAUGGUUCACACAGGUGAGAAACCUUUCUCGUGUGAGACCUGUGGAACAAGCUUCCAAAGAAAAUCUUAUUUGCUCCAUCACAUGAGAAUUCACACAGGUGAGAAGCCUUUCUCAUGUGUGAACUGUGGAAAAAGCUUCAAAUUCAAAUCAAAUUUGCUUCGUCACAUGAGAAGUCACACAGGUGAGAAGCCUUUCUCAUGUGUGAACUGUGGAACAUGCUUCAAAUUCAAAUCAAAUUUGCUUAGUCACAUGAGAAUUCACACAGGAGAGAAGCCUUUCUCAUGUGUGACAUGUGGAAAAUGUUUCAUAGCCAAAGCUCAGUUAGUUUGUCACAUGAGAAUUCACACCGGUGAGAGGCCUUUCUCAUGUCGGGAUUGUGAAAAAAGGUUUAGCAUUAAAUCAUGUUUAACUUCUCACAUGAGGACUCAUACAGAUGUGAGGCCUUUAUUAUGUGGGACUUGUGGAAAAAGUUUCCGUUGGCAAACCAAUUUAACUGAUCACAUGAGGACUCAUACAGGAGGAAUGGCAUAAUCUGACCCUCAAAUACCAAGACACUGAAUAACUCCGUCCGUCCGUCCGUCCGUCCAUCCAUCGUCUGUUCAAUCACAGCUGGGUAAAAUUUCUAUAAUGUAGCAGCUUGGAGAAGAAAAGCAUGUAUCUAAUGUUUAUCUAAAACACAAGACUUUCACUUUAUUCUGUCAGUUUUAUCUUUUCAUUUAAAAUGGUUUUUAAGUGAAAUAUUAAGUCUUACGACGUUAUGCAUGCAUUUUUAAUGUUUUUUUUUUUUUUUGGUUUUGUCUAGUGAGAUCUUAAGUCUGUCUCUUGAAGUAAUGGAUUUGAAUUCUUUCAGAUUUAGAUUUGUAAAUCUGUUGGAGUCAUUGUACGUCUAUUCUUUGUACUUUGUUUUUGCAAGAGCUUGGUCUCUUUAUGAAGAAGACAAGCUAAAUUUUCUAUUUUUGCUGUCAGAAUUACUUGAACUGUAAGUAGUUUGUAGCUAUUACGUUUGUAACAAAAAAAUUUUGAAAAAUUUUGCUUCACUCAGAUUUUUAAUUUUUAUUUCUUGUAAAUGCAAAUUGAGUGUUGAGUGUGUGGACUGGGAAAUACAGUAAAUCUGUAGAAUACAGUAUUCUGUUUGCGGAUUUCAAUAAGAAAUGUCAUUUUCUACAUGUUUAUUUUUGAGGAUGUACAGGUGUUUUCCAGGUGUGCCAUUUGGCGUCUCCAAAUGGCACACCUGGACAACACCUGAUAUACAAACUUCAAAUGACUAAACUCCUCAGAGCUUCAACAUGCAGCCAUCAAUGAGGCUCUAAUGAAAGAUAAUGACCAGAGGAAUCCUCUGAUAAGAUAGGCACAUUAUUACUGAUAGUGGAAAUUACUUAUUAUAUAAAUAAAAGCAUAUCUGGGAGGGUAGAGGGGGUUAGCGUACAGUCAGCCCUAAUCCCCUUUCUUGCAAUACGCUGUUCGUCCGUCUGCCCCCAUCCGUCCACCGACGUACACCACCCCGCCGCCCCCCACCAUCUCCGAGUUGACCAGUCAGAAAUAUUGCAGAAAGAAUACAGGCAUGUCAAAACGAGCUCAAGUCGCUCUCUGGAUGUUAUUCGCUCGGAAAAAGCCAUUUUAUGACAUUAUUUGUCCAUUGCGGCGUCAAUCAAAACGGGGGCUCUAGGCCCGAUAAAAGCGUCAUAAUGGAGUUUAAACCCGUAAAUCUCACCUCCGAAAAGAAAAAAGGAAAUCCGGUGUGGGUUAAGCGCUUUUAAAAAAAGCUUUAAGUCCCUCUGUCAUUUUGACAGGUUAUAACUCACACUGACUGACAUUGACUGGUGCACAUGGGAAGACAUUAUAGACUUUACGCACAGAAUACAUCGCAGAGGUAACUAACAAUGCGGCUGCAUAGCCUUUGUCAAUAUGAUUAUAAUUUGACAGGUAAAAAUACAACAUGAUGGACUUUUUAAAUGCUGUCAGUCAAAAUGACAAAAAAGUCUUGUGUGAUCCCUGAUUUACUUUAAAAAAAGGUAUUUUAAGUUGAAUUUAAAUAUACUUUACUUUUUCAUUACUUUCCUUUGAGUUUCUGACUCAGAGAGAAAAUAUUGUUCACUGAUGGCAACAAUUCAGAUGUUGCUGAAUUUUUCUAAGUCAAGAGGAAACGUGAGAUGUUUUCCCUUUUUUGUUAAAACAUCUGCAUCGACUUUAUUGCUGUUAAUUUUACUCUAAACUGAAGUUAUUUUUAACUGUGAUUUUUAAAAAAAAUCUGUAACAAUAUUUGUUUGAGAAGGUUUUUAUUUUUUAGGAUAUUAGAAAAUGUAUUGGUAAUAUUGAUUCAAUUUCAGAUAGAAAUGUGACUAGCAAAAACUGUUUCUAUAUAAUUCUUAGAUAAAGUUUGUUUUUUCUAUACUAAUGAUGGUUUUUGUCUUUUUUCUGUUUAGUAGUGGAUUGGGACCCAUGUAAAAGUUUAAGUUUAUUUCUCAUCAUUUCUCCCAAGCAUCUGUAUUUUUUAAGCCAGUAUUUUCCUUUACUUUUCACUCACAGUUGCUCAUUUCAAGAGAAUCAAACACCAAUGAAGGUCUAAUCUUUUUUUUUUUUUUUUUAGUUUUGGUAAAGAAACAUAUUUAUUUUAAGGAGUAAAUGGAAAAUAAUCUAAAAGUGUUAGAAAAAUUAUGCUUUGUUAUCAUUCUUACAUAAGUAGUUACCAGUUUGCUCUUCAUUUAUAGGUUAAUUAUAUGUGUGAGACAGAGCUAACUUUACUUUAACUCUUAAAACAUGUUCUUUGAAGAUGGUCCUCUGAGUUUCCUUAGUCGUAAAACCAUGUUUGUUUAUACUGUGUCCCCCUACGUAGAGAUUCCUUAGUCGUAAAUCUACCUUUUGUUUGUGUUAGUUCCUGAGUGACUCCUAAUCUUAUCAGCACCAGCCUCCGUUCUCUUGUUUUGUGUUAAUAAAAGGCAGAGUGUCAGGACACAUGGUGAGCUGUUCAGAGGAGCAGUUCGCUGUGUUUUCUCCCUUUGCAAAAGCUUGGUUGAAAACUCAAA